AUGUUUAAUGCUUGUCAAUUAAAAAGUAAUUGUUGUAAUGAGGAGGCAGAGGAAAUGAGGCAAUCUAUGAAUGGAAAAUAUGAAGAUUUAUAUGGAGAACACAUAAUAAAUGAAAACUCAGAUUUAAAAAAAAUUAUUGAAGGGAAACCAGAUCUUGACAAAGCUGUUGAAAUAGGUCAACACACUGAAAGAGAAUACGUUGCUAUAACGGCUUAUCAACCAGUUGAUAUUGUUACAAGAACAGUAGAAGUUCCUUUUGUUAGAACCAUAGAAACUACUGUUCCAAAGAUUGUGUAUGAAGAAAAGAUAAAGGAAGUACCAAGAUAUAUUGCGAAAUAUGUAGAAAAGGUUGUUGAAGUUCCUGAAGUAAAGUUUGUAGACAAAAUUGUGGACGUCCCCGAUAUACAGUAUUGUCUUAAGUAUGUACCAAAGGUAGAGAUACAAGAAAAUAUUAUAAAACGACCAGUAUUUCACAAGAAGUUUGUAGAGAAAAUAGUUGAAGUACCUAAAGUCAAAGAAAUGAAAAGAUUUCAUGAAGUGGAAACUGUUGAAUAUGUUAUAAAGUAUAUUCCCAAGGAUGAUUCCAAAAAGACGAAGAAAGAAAAUGAAACUACAACGUGUAUAAACGAAACAAACGAUGAAACAAAUAAUGAAGAGGAAGGCAGAAAUGUAGAACGGGGGUAUAUAGAGCAUGCUAAUUUAAAUAUUAGAGAUGGUGCCCGAUUAAUUAUGAAUGGUCUUCCUGUAGUACAACAAGAGGGUGUAAUUAUAGAGCAUCCUACUACGGAAAUGCAUACGUCUAUUACUUCUUCUGGUACACGAGAGAACUUUUCUUGUUUUUGUAAUAAAAAUAUUCAAGGUAAUAGACAAACAAAUUGUUAUGGCCUUAGUGGGUCUUGUAUGUGUAAUCCAAGAACUAUGGAUGAAUUGAAAGAGAAGACUAAUUCUAUGUUACAUAAUCCGAGAAUUGAACAAGUAUUCAAGCCUAAAAUAGUAAAGAAUAUAGAAGUACAAAAACAUGUGCCUAUAUCUGUUGAUGUUCCUGUGCCUUAUAUGGUACCUAAACCAGUUGUGGUUAAUGUGGAAGUGCCUGUAUUAAAAUUUAGAGAUACGUUUGUUCCUGUACCGGUGAGGAGAAAAAUUAUUCCAAAAAUUAAGUGGAUAUCAGAUGUAUAUCAAGUAGAUUGUAUAAAAGAGAAGCCUUACUUAAAGAUACAAGAUGUUAUAAAACCAAUACCAUGUGAUGUUGAUAUAAAAUAUAGGAAUUAUAUGGAAAAGGCUUGUGCAGUUAAUCCAAAUGAGUUAGCUCAAGAUGAUGUUCAUGCUAUGUGGAUGAGAGUUAAUGCUCAUUUAGCAGAGAAAAAAAAGAAGGAAUAUGGUGAAUUCUAUCCAUAUUAUAAAAAUGAAGAAGAAAAUGGCAACAAAAUGGAGGGGCACGAAAGUACAAACGAAGAAAAUUGUAAAGAGGAAGAAAUUAUAUACUUAGAAGAAGACGAAGAAGGGGAAUUUAUUAACAAAAAUGAAAAUAUAAAUAAUACAGAAAUAAAGGAAAAUUCAAAUGGUAAAGAAAUAAAUGAAAAUGUAAAUAAUAUCGAAAUAAAGGAAAAUUCAAAUGGUAAAGAAAUAAAUGAAAAUGUAAAUAAUAUCGAAAUAAAUGAAAAUUCAAAUGGUAAAGAAAUAUAUGAAAAUGUAAAUAAUAUAGAAAUAAAUGAAAAUUCAUAUGGUAAAGAAAUACAUAAAAAAUUGAGUGUUACAAAAGAAAAUCAUAAUAUAUAUAAAAAUGAAAUAAAUAAUGAUUUUGCACAUAUUAAUAAUGAUGAAAAAGAGAAAGUUAUUGCAGAAGAACAUAUAUUUGUUAGAAAUAAAAGUAAUAUAGAAACAGAAAAAGUAUAUGACAUAAUUAAUGUAUCAAAAGAAUUACGAUUUAAAGAUGAUAAUGAAAUGCUUCCGACAAAUUAUGAUAUUAAUUUGAACUUGAAUGAAAAUGAAAAAACAUAUCUUUUUGAAAACUGUGAUAUAUUUAUGAAUGAAAUGAAAGAAGAUAUAGAAAAAAAUAAAAAUAAUAACACGUCAAAUAAAUAUAUAGAAGAACAACUUACUGCCUCUUUAUAUCCAUCACAUCCAUUAGCUAUGACAUAUUUACAAAAUAAAUGGAUACAAACAGAUACAUUAAAAACACAUGAACUUUACAAUAAUGAUUUUAUUAGAGCUAGUGUAAAUGCAAACUAUAAUUUACAAAGUGGAAAUAUAGUUAUGUCAGACAUUAUGAGAAAUAAUGAAUUUUUAAAAAGUGCCAAUCCAAUUAUAUCACCAUUCAGUCCUGGUAAUAUUCGUAAUUUAGAAAAUUAUUAUAAUAAUUUAAUAAUUCAGAAUUUAGAUCAACAGAAUAAACAAUCCAAUUAUUAUGAACAUAUGAAUAAACAAAUAAAUUAUGAUAACUAUAAUAAUUAUGAAAAUUUUGAAAAUCACCAAAUAAAAUUAUAUGAACAAAUCAUAAAAGAAGAACAACAAAAUGAAAAGUCAAAUAGUAAAUGUUGUAACUAUUUUUGUGAUAAAUAA